AUGUUUCCUCGUCUGCUCGCCGUGCUUGGAUUAGGCGUCACCGGCUCCCUUUCAGGAGCAAACGAGCAGCACCCUCAGGAAGUCCUGAGCAAUGCCCAUGCUAAAGAGCCUUCAUCUUUCAUUGAAUCAUCAAUAUUUGGCCGUAGGAACAUAGAUGUAGUCAAUCUUCCAGACUCGGAAGUUCUAGCCCCAACAUACAAUCCUCGCGAUUCCGAAGAAUAUCCUUUCCAAGGCCUAGGAACUUUUGCGCAUCUCGAUUUCACCAAGUGCACCGAAUUGGAGAGUAGUGGCACCUUUGACAUUGGUAUCGUUGGUCAUCCUUUUGAUCUGGGUGUCUCUUAUCGGCCAGGGCAAAGAUUUGGUCCGCAUGCUGCUCGACAGGGUGCUCGAAGACUGAGCCCAGAAGCCGGUUGGGAUAUGGAUCACGGAGGCGUCAAUCCAUUUCGUAACUGGGCCACCGUCACUGAUUGCGGUGAUAUUUCAAAUACACCUUUCGACAAGCUCGCAGCCAUUCAUGAAUUAGAGCGGGGUAUGGAAGCUAUCAACAAACUCAAGGCAAAAAACGAAUCUACUUCCGACGCGGUGCGGCUUAUCACAAUUGGCGGCGAUCACACUAUUACGUUGCCAAUUCUGCGAGCACUUCACUCAACGUGGGGUCGGGUCGCAGUCCUCCAUUUUGACAGCCACUUGGAUACCUGGAACCCUAAGCAACUUGGCGGUGGUUUGACCAAGUACUCAGAAGUCAAUCACGGCACCAUGCUGCAUAUAGCUCAUGAGGAAGGUCUGCUAUCCAAUCAUAGCAACAUGCACCUUGGAUCCCGCUGCGCCCUAUUCGACGAGCAUUACGAUCUCAACAAUGAUCUGAGAUGUGGCUUUAGCUACAUACGAGCGCGGGAACUAGACACGCUUGGAAUUGAGAAAGUCGUUAAGCAGAUCGUAAAGACUGUCGGGGAUGAAUACGUGUACCUCAGUGUUGAUAUUGACGUGUUGGAUCCUGCUUUCGCUCCAGCAACAGGCACUAUCGAGCCGGGAGGCUGGACAACAAGAGAACUACUGCAAAUCAUCGGAGGGCUGUCAGAUGCAGGUAUCAAGAUCGUGGGCGCUGAUGUGGUGGAAUUUACUCCCAUCUACGACAGCGUAGCAGAGACGACAGGGAUUGCUGUAGGCCAAAUUAUCUAUGAGAUCUUACACUGGAUGGUUCACGUUCCUGUCAAAAGACCGAAGCCUUGA